CGCGCGAAUGGCGUAAACUUUCCAUGUUGGCGCGCAAAGUCGCGAGCGUUUAAGCGGUUUUAAUAUUUAAGAAUUCAGCGCGAGUGGCUUUAACAAAAGUUGGAAGUUCACGGAAAACCUGUUAGCGAGAAAGAUCCUGUCGAAUGCAACCUUCCUACCAGUCUCUCUCAACCUCACUCCGCCAUGUAAAAGGAAGGUCAGAACAACGCUGAUUGGUGGAAAGGGUCGGACUCGAUUUCAACGGGAUCUGAUUUGUUCGAAAGUUGAACAGUUGCGAGGAGUGUGCUGUUAUGUCGGCAGCGGCGUUACAAAGCUGUUCGUGUGGUGCAAAAUAACGUCGAAUCAAAAAGAGAGUUAACACGCAAAAUAACAUGCCGCACGCCGCGGGUGGUGGUGGAAGCGACGAUUUCGCUUCCGACGAGAUCAAAGUGUUUAAACACGAAGGUGAAGAAGAAGAAGAGAAAAAGACGUCGUCGGAAAACUUAACCGAUCUCAAGUCUAGUUUGGUUACAGAAGGCGAAGAGAACUCGUCGCUGCCUGGUCAAAGUUAUGUGAAUAAAGCUGUAGUAGAACCGUCUAGGCAGGAUUCUUCUCCAGUUUUGGGUAAACCUUUCGAGCAUCUCCCUCAUCCGCCGUUCGGAUAUGUGGUAUCGCCCUACGCACAUCCCAACGGGACGAUUGGACCCGUAUCCAUGGCCAACAAAGUUGCUAUGGUACCACAGACUCAUCCCGGUUCUCCUCUUCCUUUCAUGAUGUAUAAUUCGGAAGGAUUUACACAACCUCCACCCGCUCAUAUGGGAAUUCCACCCGUUCAUCUAAGUUCAAAAACUGGUGAGUAUCAGCUUAAUAAAAGAAUUGUCAAAAUCUCUGUUUUAAUAUGUGACUAUGUGUAUGUCAACAUAAUUAAACAGAUUUAUCAAGGGGAAUGGAGGGGAAUAAACUGUAUGUUAAAUGCUAUGAACUUUUCUAGUAGACAGCACACUCCUAUGUAUUCUAUGACUCCUGCGGGAUUCAGAGGACCAUAUCCUCCAGGAAUACCGGUCACGACAGCUGGAAUUCCCAGGUUCAGUGCACCCGCUCUUCUUCCUCAUCACGGGUUGACAUCUCAUCCGGGCUUUCAUCAUCCUGUGUUAUUGGCUACCACGCCCAAACUGGAGUUGCCAAUACAAGAAAAUAACAGUCAAUCCCUAGCUUCCUUCAGAGAAGAGCAGAAAGUCCAACCAGGCAAAGGAAACGAAACUAGUCCAAGAACUAAUGGGAGUGGAUCAACGCAAAACAAGCCACUUAAUGAUAAGAAAACGCAUAUCAAAAAACCUUUAAAUGCUUUCAUGUUGUACAUGAAGGAAAUGCGUGCCAAAGUUGUUGCAGAAUGCACUCUAAAAGAGAGCGCAGCUAUUAAUCAAAUUCUUGGUCGAAGAUGGCACGGCCUAUCGCGGGAAGAACAGGCAAAGUAUUACGAGAUGGCUCGUAAAGAAAGGCAGAUACACAUGCAGUUAUACCCCGGUUGGAGUGCAAGAGAUAAUUACGCAUUGAAUAACAAGAAGAAGAAACGAAAAAAAGACAAAACGCAAGAUGGUGACUGGAAUACUCCAAAAAAGUGCCGAGCGAGGUUUGGCUUGGAGCAUCAGAACAACUGGUGCAAACCAUGCAGGAGGAAGAAGAAGUGUAUACGUUAUGUGAGUGGGAAUGAAAAUUCCGGCGAGUGCGAAGAUAAUCUACAAAAUUUGGAAGCUCCUACACCCGAAUCCAGAACGUCGAUAGACAGCGAUCAGGACACACUGAACGUCUCCUCGGAGCUAUCGCUAUCGAGUCCUCCAGUUCCUACCAACUCCGAAUCCAGCAAUCUUGAACUAAUGCUACCGGAUGCGGAAGGAGUCAAUCCUUCUCACGUGUCCCAGAAUCACCCGUUAAGUGUGCAUCUUCUGACGCAACCCCACGCGACAGAAAACUGCGAUCCCGACUCGGUAUCCAUUCCUCAACUGCCGACGCCGCCGUCCACGGAUUCCUCCACCGCGGCGGCACCACCCCUACUGACUGUGACGUAGCCGGAAGAGGCACGUGAUCUCAAAAACACAAGUUACGGGGCCACACCUCCAAUUGAUGUGUAGAUUUUU